GGAUGACAUCAAAUCAAAGCACACAAUCUUUUCGCAUGGCGGCGGUGAGCUCUUCUAGCCACCGCUUCACAUCGUUGUCCCACGGCGGGCUUACGGGUGCUGUUCCAUCCUCCGUUCUGGCUGUGGAGCAGUUCGUGGCUGAACGAGCGGGAGAUGCGCAGAGAUUGGUCGACACUCUGGAAGAGGCCUCCCAGGAACGACAUUUGCGCCGACGGGCACGGAGCUGGAGGCCUUUUGGGUUGGUCCGCUGUCGGGUUUCCAAAGCAAGAACCCGCAAAGUGAAGCAGCGAACACUCCCACGAUACACAUCUGAUGAGGAUUUUGAUAAGAUACCGGUUGCCACAAGAAUGGCAGCGGAACAAAAAGGACCUGGUGACGCCCCGAAAGUGCGGGUGAGGAAGCAUUGGAGAAGACCUGCUUUGCUGCUGCGGGCGCAUGCGUGGGCGGCACCACCUGUGGCAAGCACAAUGCCAAGAUACUUGGAGACGCACGUGUGGCAUGCAAAGCGUGCCCACAUGGAAAACCUUUGGGGCCACCGUUUGGCUUCAAAGAAUUGCGCUUUGGGUACCCGCGCCUUGUACCGUGCCAUGUCACAGCACUGCUGUGCGCAUGACCGGAGCUAUGUUCAGCUCGUGGAAUUGUUUGGGCCAGAGUCGCUGCUGGUUGACGUGUUGGACCAAUGUGGACUUGAUCGGAAGUUGCUGCUAGCAAGAGAGGUUAGAGCUGGUUCCCGAAGAAUGCGUUGCCUGAUGAAGGCGUGUGAUGCUGAGAGACGUUUGAUUGGUCCAACCUGCUUCCUGUGGAGCCCCGGGGCUGUGGUUCAGCGUUGCCAAGCCAAAGACUUGGCCAAGCACGAUGAGUUGGAGGAACUCCCCUUCGUUGUAGAUGUUCGAGGUGAAAACAUGGACACAGGAGAAUUGGCAUCCAGACUGCCGGACACCAAAACAGAUGAUGUGGAGAUGAUAUCUGGCGAAUGCGUUGACGCAGCUCCACUCCGGACAGGGAUGAAACUUUGGUUGUGGUUUCACCCAGCAGCAUUGCCAGAGGCGGUGGCCAGCUUGAACUGGGCGGCGGAGCAAACCAGGGGUCGCAAUGAGUCUGAGUUUCUGCAAGUCUCCCAGCAAGCAACGCCAUGCUAUUUCGAGCUGAUUGGCCCAAAGGCCUUGGAGGUCUUGGGCCGGGCGUUGCCGCCAGAGGCUUGCCGAAGCUCCCCUGCAGCCACCUUGUGGCAAGAGAUCGUGGUCGCUGCUCGUGGCCAGCGUUUGGCACUUCCGCCGGGCUCCGUUCUAACGCUUGAGGUGGAGGAGUCCAGGCUCACUUCUAGCAGCACCGGAAAGAUGAGCGAGCAACCGCGAUCCACCACACGGGUGGGGAAGAAAGACUGGUUGGCACGAUGGCCCGUGGAAGCUGCCAUGAGCAGUCGGAUUUGGGUAGACGAACCUGCUGAGGAUGGCUAUGUGCCGGUGAUGUUGAUUUUCAGACCUGGCGGAAAGAUGGCAGACGUGGGAGCUGGGGUGGAUGUGCUCUCAGCCACAGGUGUGCAUCGCAAGCUAUGGCUGCGCAGUCACUUCGCCGGGGCGCGGGCCGUGGGUGUGCACGACCGACAUCAGCUUCUGGCAGAUAGUGGCCUGCCUGAGUUCCCGUUCGACUUCCCCGAGACACAAGCAGGGGAGCGGCAAGCCCAACUAGAGGGCUCCGAGUCCUUGCGCCGCUGGACGCGUCGGCCGCCCAAGAAGCGGGUGAACUUCGGAGUGCUGGGAAUGGCCGCCCCACAUUUGCCUGAUUGGGGAUCCUUGCCAGCUCUUUUCGAUCCUUCUGGAAGGCCAAGCAUUUGCCGGGGCAGCCAAUUUCAACUCCUCACUCAGCCGCGCUUCUUCUACUCGCAGCCAGGGCUCCUACCUGUUGCUCUCUUCGCGCUGGGUCGGGGUGUCCCAACAGGUCGGUGCCACUUGUACCGUCCCUCCAAGGAGGAGGCCAAAUUGGUGACCCUUCCAGGCAGAGCAACCAGAGCACAAGGACAUCUCGUGACGGUCAGCUGCCCUGCACCAGUGACGGAGACCCCUACGCUGGAGGAGCCGCUUCACCGAAACCAAAAGCUGGGACGCCUCCGGCGGCAGCCGGAAGCAGCGAAGGUGGAGACGAUCCGAUCUUUGAUUGGCUUCGUGACCUCUGGUGGAUUCUCCUACCGACACGGUCGGGGCGCGGGUGUGGGCGCCGUGGUGGCGCAGAUUCUGGGAGAAAUCGCCCAUGAGCAGACAGGUGACUGGGACCAUGCCUCAUGGCUUUGGUUGUGGGCCCGGAGAACUACAUCGCUUCAAUACUUUCCAGUCUUGGUGCAGUGCCUUCCCGAUGACCAAGGGUAUGGUUGAGAUUGCAGCCAAA